UGUUGACUGCGUCGAUGCUACUGGUCGCACAUGUGCAGCGAAGUUAUCUUCAGACGUCUGAUGUUCGUAUCGUCCCGUCCAGACUGCAGCUCUUUGAGUACGAGUCGGUCUCUUUCAGCUGUCAGGGGUUGAAUGUCUCAGCCGGAUGGAGAGUCAGGAACAUCAAGAAUAGGACUUCAUGUUUGAUGUCCACAGUGACCUGCACCAAUAACUAUACCUUGGUGUCAGACAGUGGAGAAUACUGGUGUGAAGCUGCAGGAGGAGAGAGAAGCAACACAGUCAACAUCACAGUCACUGGUGGCUCUGUGAUCCUGGAGAGUCCAGUCGUCCCUGUGAUGGAGGGAGAAUCUGUGUCUCUGCGCUGUAGAACCAGGAAGAACGUCUCCGACCUCACGGCUAAUUUCUAUAAAGAUGGCCUCCUCAUUGGGAACAGCUCUACAGGAAACAUCACUAUUGAAAGUGUUUCCAGGUCUGAUGACGGCCUCUACAAGUGUAACAUCCCUGGAGCUGGAGAGUCUCCACAGAGCCAACUGAUGGUCACAGGUAAGUGA